AUGGUGCCAUCGCAUGGGCUCAUGAAGCCCCGAGAGAUCACUGCUACAAUCAGCUCACUCACCAAAACUGGCCGUUGGCAAGAGGUCUUGUCCCUGCUGGCAGAUUUGCCAGAGACUGUCAAAGCCAAUGUGAUUAUCUACUCAUCGGCCAUCAAUGCUUGCGCGAAAGGGAAGCAAUGGCAACAAGCCUUGCGGGUCCUCCUCGACCUGAUGGAAGCCAACCUGCAGCCAAAUGCCAUCUGCUUCGGAGCAGCAAUCAAUGCAUGUGACAGAUGCGAAGAGUGGCUAUGGCCGUUGGCCUUGCUGGACGACAUGCGAAAGCUUGAUUUGAGUGCUUCUGAGGAAUUCUGCAUCAAUGCAGCCAUGAGUGCCUGUGGCAAGAACCAGCAGUGGGAAGCCUCGCUGAUUUUAUUUGAGCAGCUUUCUUUAGCCGACGUCCAGAUAAGCACUGUUACUUGCAACACUGCCAUCAGUGCAUGUGAGAAAGGAAAGCAGUGGCAACGAGCCAUGCAGCUGCUCAUUAGCAUGCCAUCGCUAAAGGCACUGCCCGAUGUCAUCAGCUUCAGUGCUGCUAUUAGUUCGUGUGAGAAGGGACUUCAAUGGCCCAAUGCUGUGGCUUUAUUGGACGGUAUGAGCCUGGAAGCCAUACAUCCCAACGUGAUUUCAUUGAAUGCAGUCAUUGGAGCUUGCAGCUUCGAUGCGUGGCAAUGGGGGCUCCACCUUCUGAAUAACAUGGAUUCAUGGAAGCUGAUGCCAGAUGUGAUCUCAUUCAACUCAGCGAUUGCUGCCUGCGGGACUGCUGAAAAGUGGGAUAUGGCUCUGAGACUUCUCCACUCUAUGCGUCAUUCUCCUCGACCUAACUCUCGCACCUAUAAUGCUGCCAUCGCUGCCUGCGAGCGGGGCAGUCAGUGGGAACAAGCAUUUCAAGUGCAGGAGCUCAUGAAGACUCGGAAGGUCAAGGUGGAUAUCAUCGGCUGCGGGUCUCUCAUCAGCGCCUGUGAGAAAUGCAAGCAGUGGGAUCAAGCGUUGUCCUUGCUCUGGCGGCAUUCUUCACACCCACAGACGGGUAUUGCGAACAUGGUCCUGCGUUCGGUGAUUGAAUGGCAGAUGGCCUUGGCUUUGCUUGGCCUCUUGAUUGCCGAGAAACUCCAGACUGACACGCGCUCAUACACCGCAGUAAUCAGUGCCUGUGAAGCUUCGGCGCGGUGGCAAGAAAUACUUAUGCUUCUGGAGCACAUGGGUGAGCAAGCCUUGACCAUGGAUGCAGUCGUGCACAGCCUGGAAAUCAGUGCAUGUUUCAAAGGGAUGGAGUGGGGGCGGGUGAUGCAUAGCCUGGAAGUGAUGCGCAACAAGAGCUUGCAGCCUGAUUUGGUGAACGUGAACACUGUGGCCUCUGCAUAUCAAAAAGCAACCCAGUGGCAUUUGGCCCUGGCAGUUAUGCAACAAAUGCAGGAAGAUGGACUGCAAGCCGAUCCCAUUACGUUUGCGUCCUGCAUUUUGUCCCUUGGACGUGUUCACAAGUGGCGGCAAGCCAUGCAGCUGUUUGAUGAAAUGCUCUUCAGCAAGGUGGAGCCAGGAAACACCAGCUGCAAUGCUGUUUUGUCAGCCUGUCAAACUGCACAAGCAUGGCAAAGUGUCCUCCAGAUCUUCUUGAGCAUGCCGGAAUUACAGGUUCAAGCGGAUGUAGUCAGCUAUAACGUUUGUAUCGGCUCGUCUGGCAAGGGGCAGCAGUGGGAAGGGGCUCUUGAGAUAUUGUCUCAGAUGCUGCUUGAAAGACUUGAGGUGACCACUAUCAGUUGCAAUGCUGCCAUUUGUGCAUGCCAAUUCGCAAGCCACUGGCAAGAUGCUGCGCACAUCCUUUCAUCUAUGCAGCUUCACGGCCCUGAGCCUGAUUUGACCACCUUCCAUGCAUGCAUGCCUGCGUUUGGCCGUUACCAGAAGUGGGAAGUGUCACUGGACAUGAUGGCCGACUUACAAAGUUCAAACCAGAAGCUGGACCUUCUGACCUACAGCGCAGCAAUGUGUUCAUGCCAGAAUGCCCAACAGUGGAUGCUGGUUCUGCAGCUUUUGUCUGAGAUGUGCAGCUCUCAACUUCUGCCCGACCUGUUGUGUUGGACCGCCGCUCUGGAUGCUUGUGGCAAGAGUUGGCAGUGGCAAAAGUCCUUGGGUUUUCUUCAAGACAUGCGGUCACAACGUUUAGUUCCAGACACUGUUUGCUGCAAUGCCGUACUGGGAGCUUGCCGGCUGCAGUGGCGCCAAGCAGCGGAGAUUUUGUCGGUGAUGAAUGCCAAGGGUCCACGGCCCGAUGCGCUUUCUUUAGAAACCUGUUCAGAGACGUGCGUAGCUUGCAAUCAGCACUGCCCGGCAGUGACGGCACUGAAUCAGAUGCCCUUCACUGCCUUAGAGCUGCUGCAAGGUUGUCACGUCCCUCCAAAAAGGCGCGCGGCGCACGCGCUUACCUUCUGCCUGCCAGCUGCUGCGCAUAUUACGCUUCCGUUGGGCGUGUGCUUCUGUAUCGUCAAUGCCCAGGUCAACAGCCUGAGCUGGCCCCUUGCCACAAGGUGGCCCAUUGGACGAAGCUGCCGAUCACCAAACUGA